GUUGACUGAGAGCAUGAGGAGAAAAAUAAACUGAAAUAAAAACGGGGGUCUCGACUCUAUGUAAGAAAAAAAGUUGUAUGGAAGAGAGCAAAUCACAGAAAAAAACACACUCUCUUUGAAGCUAAAGCUAGAGAAAAGCUUUCUCUGGAUCACAGCAUUGCUUCCCUCUCUCUUUCUCGUGUGAAGAUCAUAAGAUAAGUUGAAACAAGGGUGAACCAAGAUCAGAGGAGAAAUGGCGGCUCGGAACUUGGAGAAGAUGGCCUCUAUUGAUGCUCAGUUGAGGCUGUUGGCGCCUGCCAAGGUGUCUGAGGAUGACAAGUUGGUGGAGUAUGAUGCUCUCUUGUUGGAUAGGUUUCUUGACAUUCUUCAGGAAAUACAUGGGGAAGAUCUCAAAGAAACGGUUCAAGAGUGUUAUGAGCUUUCAGCUGAGUAUGAAGGAAAGCAUGAUCCUCAGAAGUUGGAAGAGCUAGGCCGUGUGAUAACAAGUUUGGAUGCUGGGGAUUCCAUUGUAGUUGCUAAGUCAUUUUCCAAUAUGCUUACCUUGGCCAACUUGGCUGAGGAAGUUCAGAUUGCUUUCCGACGGAGAAUCAAGUUAAAGAAAGGUGAUUUUCAUGAUGAAAGCUCGGCAACAACUGAAUCAGACAUUGAAGAGACCAUUAAGCGACUUGUGGUACAGUUGAAGAAGUCCCCAGAAGAAGUUUUUGAUGCUUUGAAGAACCAGACUGUAGAUUUGGUCCUUACAGCACAUCCUACUCAAUCUGUCCGGAGAUCUUUGCUUCAAAAGCAUGCAAGGAUAAGGAAUUGCUUGGCCCAGUUAUAUGCUAAGGACAUCACUCCUGAUGAUAAGCAAGAGCUUGAUGAGGCUUUACAAAGAGAGAUUCAAGCCGCCUUUCGUACGGAUGAAAUUCGGAGAACUGCUCCAACUCCACAAGAUGAGAUGAGGGCAGGAAUGAGCUAUUUCCACGAGACAAUCUGGAAAGGCGUUCCAAAGUUCUUACGUCGUGUUGAUACAGCUUUGAAGAACAUAGGCAUAGAUGAACGUGUUCCUUAUAAUGCCCCCCUUAUUCAGUUUUCUUCUUGGAUGGGUGGGGAUCGUGAUGGAAACCCCAGGGUAACGCCUGAAGUUACAAGGGAUGUAUGCUUAUUGGCCAGAAUGAUGGCUGCUAACUUGUAUUAUUCUCAGAUAGAGGACCUUAUGUUUGAGUUGUCAAUGUGGCGCUGCAAUGAGGAACUGCGUGCUCGCGCAGAUGAACUUCACAGGUCCUCAAGGAGAGAUGCGAAACAUUACAUCGAAUUCUGGAAACAGGUUCCUCCAAGUGAGCCCUAUCGUGUUAUUCUUGGUGAUGUGAGGGACAAACUAUAUAGUACACGUGAACGUUCUCGCCAGUUAUUAUCAAAUGGAAUCUCAGAAAUUCCAGAAGAGGCAGCUUUCACCAAUGUUGAGCAGUUCCUAGAGCCUCUUGAACUCUGCUAUAGAUCACUCUGUGCUUGUGGUGACCGGCCUAUUGCUGAUGGAAGCCUUCUUGAUUUUUUGCGGCAAGUUUCUACCUUUGGACUUUCACUUGUAAGACUUGAUAUCCGGCAAGAAUCAGACAGGCAUACUGAUGUUAUGGAUGCUAUCACAAAGCACCUGGAAAUCGGAUCCUAUCGAGAAUGGUCUGAGGAACGCAGACAAGAAUGGCUCUUAGCUGAACUCAGGGGCAAGCGCCCUCUUUUUGGACCUGAUCUUCCCAAAACUGAAGAAAUUGCUGAUGUGUUGGACACAUUCCAUGUCAUUUCAGAACUCCCCUCAGACAAUUUUGGUGCCUAUAUAAUCUCAAUGGCAACCGCCCCAUCUGAUGUGCUCGCUGUUGAGCUCCUACAGCGUGAAUGCCAUGUGAAGAAGCCACUUAGGGUUGUCCCAUUGUUUGAAAAGCUUGCUGAUCUUGAGGCUGCUCCUGCUGCUGUAGCUCGUCUCUUCUCUAUAGAUUGGUACCGGAACCGAAUUGAUGGAAAGCAAGAAGUCAUGAUCGGGUACUCUGAUUCUGGAAAAGAUGCUGGCCGAUUUUCUGCAGCAUGGCAGUUAUAUAAGGCCCAAGAAGCGCUUGUAAAGGUAGCAAAGCAAUAUGGAGUGAAGCUUACAAUGUUCCAUGGUCGAGGAGGGACCGUUGGAAGAGGAGGAGGUCCCACCCAUCUUGCUAUAUUGUCUCAACCACCUGACACAAUUCAUGGAUCACUUCGUGUAACAGUUCAAGGUGAAGUUAUUGAACAGUCAUUUGGGGAGGAGCACUUGUGCUUUAGAACACUCCAGCGUUUCACAGCUGCUACACUUGAGCAUGGAAUGCACCCUCCUGUCUCCCCUAAGCCAGAAUGGCGUGCACUCAUGGAUGAGAUGGCUGUCAUUGCCACCAAGGAAUAUCGUUCCAUUGUCUUCCAGGAACCCCGCUUUGUUGAAUAUUUCCGCCUGGCAACUCCAGAGUUGGAGUAUGGCCGGAUGAACAUUGGAAGUCGUCCAUCAAAACGAAAGCCAAGUGGGGGCAUCGAGUCACUCCGCGCAAUCCCCUGGAUCUUCGCAUGGACUCAGACGAGGUUUCAUCUCCCAGUGUGGCUUGGGUUUGGGGGAGCCUUUAAGCAUGUCAUUGGGAGGGACCCAAGAAAUCUCCCCAUGCUUCAGCAGAUGUACAAUGAAUGGCCUUUCUUCAGGGUCACAAUCGACUUAAUCGAAAUGGUUUUUGCCAAGGGAGACCCAGGUAUAGCUGCUUUGUAUGACAGGCUCCUAGUUUCAGAAGAGCUAUGGUUAUUUGGAAAGCGCCUGAGGACCAACUAUGAAGAAACUAAGCGCCUCCUCCUCCAGAUUGCUGGGCAUAGAGAUCUUCUGGAAGGCGACCCAUACUUGAAACAGAGACUCCGGCUUCGUGAUGCAUACAUAACGACCCUUAAUGUGUGCCAAGCAUACACACUGAAGCGGAUCCGAGACCCCAACUACCAUGUAAUGGAGAGGCCACACCUGUCGAAAGAGAUAAUGGAAUCAAGCAAGCCUGCUGCUGAGCUUGUGAAGCUUAAUCCCACCAGUGAAUAUGCUCCUGGCAUGGAAGACACCCUUAUUUUAACCAUGAAGGGUAUUGCUGCUGGCUUGCAGAACACUGGCUGAGCCAUAGUUUCUAUUUUACAAGUAUUUCACCAUGUCCCUUCAGUUAUCUAAAUACCGUACCAAAAUCAAAUCCUCUGUUUAUCACAACUCUGAACAAGUAUCUAAUAUAUAUGCCCUAUGAAAAGUUGCUUUAUACAAAUCAGAUUUUUGGUUUGUUCCAA